AUGAGCUACGCGCAUGACGAAGAGAGCGGUGGCCCUGGCGGCCGUGCUGGCCGUCACAUGAGUGUCUCCAACUAUGCCAACAAUAUGGGAGCACCAACCUAUGACACGACCAGACGAAGGUCUUCUAUUGUCCCUGCUGCAGCUGUCGCAGCACAACAAGACGAGACGGUCUUCAACCAGAAGGAUGAAACCCUUCGCAAGAUGUCUGUGGCCGUGCCCAAUCUGGCCGAGCUUUCUGCCGAUGCCAAAGCUGCCGCAGAGUUGGAACACAAGAUGGGCUUUCGCGAGGGUUGCCGACUGUAUCCCAAAGCCAUCAUGUUCUCCUUCUGUCUUUCUCUCGCCGUCAUCAUGGAGGGAUACGACACCUACCUCCUCGGCAACUUCUUCGGGUUGACCACAUUUGCUCGCAAAUAUGGGUCGCCCGCUGGGAUCGUCGACGGCGCCCAAACGUACCAGGUUUCGGCGGCAUGGCAAUCGGCACUCACCAAUGGCACAGCUGCUGCACAAAUUAUCGGCUUGUUCCUCAACGGCAUCAUCUCCGAGCGCAUCGGAUACCGCUGGACCAUGAUCGGCGCCCUGGCCUUCAUUUCUGGAUGCAUUUUCAUCACCUUCUUCGCCGUUGAUGUGAAGAUGUUGCUCGCUGGUUACGUCUUGUCCGGUCUCCCAUGGGGUGUCUUCCAAACCCUGACUACCACAUAUGCCGCCGAGGUGACUCCAGUCCCGCUGAGACCGUAUCUGACGACCUACGUCAACCUCUGCUGGGUCAUCGGCCAGCUCCUUGCUGCCGGUAUCUUGAAAGGCUUUGUGAACCAAACAGACCAGUGGGCAUACAGAGUGCCAUAUGCGAUCCAGUGGAUAUGGCCGGUUCCCAUUGGGCUGGCAGCGUUCCUUGCGCCCGAGAGCCCAUGGUGGCUUGUUCGCCACGGCAAACUGGAGCAAGCUCGCGCGGCGCUGCUCAGAUUGACCUCCAAAAAGAACACCGAAUUCAACGUCGAAGAUACGUUGGCCAUGAUGAUCCACACCAACGAGCUUGAAAUCCAGCAAACCGCUGGUACCAAUUACUGGGACUGCUUCAAGGGAGUUGACCUGCGCCGAACCGAAGUGACCUGCAUCACGUGGUUGAUUCAGCAGACCUCAGGGUCUCCCAUGAUCGGCUGGGGCACCUAUUUCAUGAUCCAAGCUGGCUUGAGCGAAAGCAAUGCAUACUCCCUCGGUGUUGGCCAGAGUGCAAUGGGUUUCCUUGGAACCGUGUUGUCUUGGUUCUUGAUGCCGCACUUCGGUCGCCGCACCUUGUAUCUCGCCGGGCAACUUGCCAUGUUCAUCAUCCUGAUGAUCAUCGGCGGGCUUGGAGUUCCGAGUCUAUCCACGUCGGUUGGCUGGGCUUCUGGUGCUUUGAUUCUCAUUCUCACCUUCAUCUACGAUUUUACGGUGGGGCCUGUCUGCUACUCGCUGGUGGCGGAACUUCCGUCCACUAGACUUCGAAUCAAGACUGUUGUCUUGUCCAGGAAUGUUUACAAUAUCAUGGGUAUUGUGGUGGGCACGCUUCAGCCUCGUAUGAUGAACCCCACCGCCUGGGGCUGGCGCGGAAAGACUUGCUUCUUCUGGGGCGGUCUUAACUUGCUGGGCUUGAUCUGGACCUAUUUCCGUCUCCCAGAACCAAAGGGCCUCACUUAUGCCGAACUUGAUGUCUUGUUUGAGAACAAAGUCUCUGCCCGUAAAUUCAGGCAAGUCAAAGUCGACCCAUACCGCUCGGACAAUCUGGUUGUUGUUCCCGACGAGUUUGGGGACUACGACGUGGUCGAGAAGAAGGGUUACUGA